AUGUUUGAUACUGGCGACAUGUUGGCAAACUUCAACUCUGCGAACAUAAUACCGGCACCGCUACCCUCCAUGUUGUUUGGCGAUGCCUUCGAUACCAACGGAUGGCUCAACUACGGCGCCGAUCAAUCAUUUGCGCCCCUAUUUCUCCAGAACGACGCGUCGCUCGACGCCAUCAACGAACUCUGGUUCGACCACGCAGGCUUUAAAGCACCCCAACAACCCAUCGCCUCACAGCUUACACCAGUCUCUUCGAUGGUUGAUCAAUCAGCCGUGGCUGAGCUCUACAGCCGCAGCCACUCUCCCGCUAUUGAUAGGGAUGCAGUCGAGCCUAGGGAAUACGUUGCUGUCUCGAUUGAGUUAGACGCGCAGCUCAAUUUUCACAUAAAGGGAUAUUCGACACUUCUGGUCCCUACCAAACAGUUCAGGGAGGUGGUUUAUUGGCACUUGAUCUAUAAAGAAGAUGGAAGCCGUAUAUCCUAUCUCGAUGAUAACCUGAACCGGGACGCUCUUGCUAGGUCCCCAGAUUUGCAAGCUCACCGCCACGUUCUCGGAUGGUGUUCUGAGGCCAGAUUCUAUGCUGAGCUUCCCAAGCCCUCACCCGGAUGUGCUCUCGCUGGCACCAUGAUAACUUUAGGACGUAUGAUCACAGGAGGCCAUAGCUUCGAACUCGGUAUCAAGGACACACCAGUACAUGUCUCUCGCAAUGGCUAUAUCCCUCAACUCAAAUGGAUCUCGUCCAAAUUCUUUCUUCUCUGGGACGAGGGCGACAAACGCGGCUGGCUUACUAAUGGUACCAGCGCUUUGUUACAUAUUGUUAGAGCCUCCCUAGCGUAUGACAGCACUGAUAAAUUCCAAUCGGCAUUUGUCUUAAAGUCAGAAGACUUACAAGAGUCACCGAAGCCCUUAACUGCCGACUCUGCUAUCGACGUACUCAUCAAUCCCAAAAACUUGGGUCUCAAGCUCUACCCAGAAAAGGACGGCUUUAUUGUGUUAAAAGAUAGAAUCGAACAAUACUAUAACCUGCUUGAGAAGAUGCUCGAUCACCAGACAGAUAUUACAAGGCGACACACUGGGUGCCUAGAGAAAAGGCCUCGAAAGGAUCUGGAGGGUUGGGAUUUUGAAGACCUCAGCGCGAAUCGCGAUCCGUUACAUCCGCGCAUGGUCACUCUUGAGCCUGCUGGUAAGGGAUGGGUUGACUUCACGAGAGAUCUCCAGGCCGUAACCCUGGCAGGAAAUGGCUUUGGGGAACUUGUCCAACCAGCUGGACCAAUCCUUUGUGACUACUGGUCUCAACUACCGAGACACCGAUACCUGCUUGCAUGCUCUGUUUCGGACAUGGAGGAUGUCGUUCGAGACCACCGUAGUUCUGAAUCCGAUCAUGCUCGGCUCAGUGACAACCUUAUAUGGCACAAUGCGGUUGACAUCUCGGGGAAUUACCAAUGUGGCUGUGAUGUAGGACAUCAUGGAGAACCAGUCCAUGUGGCAUUCCCGUCUGCGCUAUCUCACAAGUUGUGUUGUAGCAGGAGCCCCAUCAAGCUUAGCGGUGCAGCCGUUUUUGGACAUAACCCAGGCUUCUCUUGGACGUGGGGCGAUACCGGUCCUCCUACGCAACAACCUUCCAGAGAAGAGAUUGCCAUGAAUUAUGUGUUAGACAAGGCAGAUAAGGAUAGUGGAGUUGGUGAAAGUUUGGGGGCAUCCUCAUCUGAGAGUCAUGCCUCGCUAAUACCAAGCUCGAUUAUAUCAUCGUCACUGAGGAAGUCAAAGACUGCACCGCCGAUCGUAGGAGAUACCUAUUCCCGGAACGGAUACACUGUUGGGAUCCUUUGCGCGUUGCCGAUAGAGCUGAAGGCAGUACGGGCUCUUUUUGACCAGAGACACCAGCAUCUCCCGAGAGUGAUCGGCGACAACAAUCAGUAUGCACUUGGGGAAAUGGCACAACACAUGGUAAUAGCAACAUCACUUCCGGCUGGAGAAUACGGAACAAACGCAGCCGCAUCAGCAGUGUCUGAUAUGAUGCGCAGCUUCACGUCUAUACAGUUCUGUCUACUUGUUGGCAUCGCCGGCGGUGCGCCCUCUGAGGAUAAUGAUAUCCGACUUGGCGACGUGGUAGUAAGCUUGCCUACGCAUACUUUCCCCGGCGUAAUUCAGUAUGAUCUCGGUAAGGAGAACGAGGGAUCUGAAUUCGAGGUGACAGGCGUAUUGCAACGUCCGCCUCGGAUCUUGGCCAAUGCUAUCAGCAAGCUCCGGUCAGAUUCAGACAUUGGAGUCGACGCACUGAGCCCACAUCUCACUAGGAUAGUUGACUCACUCCCAGCUUAUGGUAACCCAGGUCAAGAACUUGACAUUCUCUCCCUUGCCUCAUGUACUCGCAGAGCUUGCAAGCCUGAGUGUACUCACGUUGAGCAACGUCUCCCACGAUUGACGGCAGAGCCCAUGAUUCACUAUGGACUUGUAGCAUCAGGCAAUCGCGUGGUUAAAGACGCGACUUUGCGCGAUCGGCUGUCGCGCAAGUACGGGGUGCUCUGCUUCGAGAUGGAGGCUGCUGGGGUAAUGAACAGGGCAGAUUGCCUUGUGAUACGAGGAAUAUGCGACUACAGUGAUGCCCAAAAGAACAAGGUCUGGCAGAACUACGCUGCUGCUGCGGCCGCAGCAUACACCAAGCUUUUGCUUAGUGCGGUAACGGUCAACAAUGAGCGUGGCGGUGAUAAUGUGCGAACGGAUGGAGAGCCUGUGUUCAAGAGGAGGAGGAUCAAUACUGGCAACGGAGGGUGUGAAUAG